AUAGAAAAACAGAAAAAAGAUUACAACUGUUUUUUUUGUUUCUAAUAUCAGAGUACUAUAAAAGGAGUGAACAUAGGUCUGAACUAAAUAGCUCUUUGAGGAACUGACAUUCAUUUGUACUGACAUGGAUUUCCUACAGCAAGACAUAAUAAGUGCUACAUCAGCUGGCAAGGAGAAGCAGCAGGUCUCGGCAGCAGGGAGACGCAAUGGACAGACACCUGAUGACUUCAGCAGUAUCUACAGCAAAGAUCUGCUCCCAGCUGCAGGAGGCGAGGAGAUGACCAGAGGGUUCCUGCAGGAGCUGGUUCACAUCCUGUUGACCUACAUCAGCAAGUCCAGUCAGAGGAGCUCCAAGGUCCUUGACUUCCACCACCCUCACCAGCUGAGGGAGGGGCUGGACGGCUUCAGCCUGGAGCUGCCCGACCAACCAGAGAAUCUGGAGCAGAUCCUGGUGGACUGUAGAGACACUCUCAAGUAUGGUGUCCGUACAGGUCAUCCCCGUUUCUUCAACCAGCUGUCUUCAGGUCUGGAUGUGAUUGGUGUAGCAGGAGAGUGGCUAACCUCGGUAGCCAACACCAACAUGUUCACAUAUGAGGUGUCUCCUGUUUUCAUCCUCAUGGAGGAGUUUCUGCUGAAGAAGAUGCAAAGCAUUGUGGGAUGGUCUGCGGAUGUGGGGGAUGGAAUCUUCUGUCCAGGAGGAACAAUAUCCAACCUGUACAGCAUCCUGGUGGCCAGAUACCACUUCUACCCCGAGGUGAAGACCAAAGGCAUGGGAGCCCUGCCCCGGCUGGCCCUCUUCACCUCAGAACAUGUAAACAAACCACACACACUCACUGUCACACACACUCACUGUCACACUCUGAAGGACGGGGUUGUUUGAGUUCAGGAGUUAUUG